AUGGCACCAAUAACUGCGAUCCAGAAUAAAAUUAAGUCUGCGGAUCUUUCGAUAACUCCAGGGAAGGGAGGCUUGAUGUCUUUCCCAGGAAUCACCGCUGAGAGCUCUCGCAAGCUCAGCGAACUCUUGCAAAGGAACCAAGAUGAUUACCAUGGAUUCUUCAAUGAUAGAGGAUUUCAUAACCACAUGUCCGACGACCUCCUGGCUACCUACGACUUUGGGGCCACUCCAGCUGAUUUGGACACUAUAUACAAUCGUGUAAAGCAGGUGCAGCGUGCACCCCCAGAGCUCCACUCGGAGGUCGUCGUGGACCUAUCGGACGAAAGCCAAUGGCACAAGCAUCUUGGCGACAAGGACCGUUGGUCUGAUUUUCUUACGUUUUUCCAGACGGAGAUGGAGGAGAUUGGCAUGCCAGCUAUGUUAAACAAGAGACUCUUUGCGGGGACGGAGGCUUCAGAUGACCUUCUGGCCCGUUGUUUUUCCGGUUUAUAUCAUCCAAUCAUCCGUAUUGGGUACGGGUUGGAAUUCGAUAUUCCUGGACUAGUUCCGGUAGGACUUGCUACUGCGGCAUGUAGUGAUGACUGGACAGCAGUUUUCCUGAAAGGGGCAUUAGCGGAUGCCAUAGAUAUUGACAGUAAGGAGUUCGGCAAGCCAUAUUUGGAUAUCCUCAACGAGGUCCAAAAUGAUCCGAUUUUCCGCAAUCCAGGCACCGAUAGGCAGCUGUAUAACUAUUUCUCAACUAUUCUCCACGAUGCAAUGGACCCAAUUCUUUCAUAUGCCAAACAGUACCGAGUACCUGUUGACCAGAUCGACGAGAAAACUGCCGAAUCACUCAACAUAGCGGCUCUUAUGCUCGGCGGUGCCAUGCGGAAGGACAAGGAGGUCAAAGUGGAUUUCUUCUUGAUUCACUGUGUGACGACGGCCAUCUUCAUAUCGGUCUUCAAUGCCCAGGAUUGGAUAACUUCAGAGAGCAAGGCCCGUCUCCUAGAAUGGAAGACUCGUUUCGACAUACUCACUUAUGUUGCAAUUGGUGCACCGGUACUCCACACGGACGAGAUUAAAAAUUAUGAACCAAAGGUCUCACAGGACGGCGUUGGAAACCCAUGGCUUGAUAUUAUUGAACGUUCAAUCCACGUAGAAGACGAUGGCCAUACCAUUAAGACCAUCAGGGCCCUGGCGCAUGGUGAGAGGCUCGCUGCAAGAUAUGGAGAGAAGUUGAAUUUGCCCGUUGUGGGUAACAUGUGGAGGAAGAUCGCUGCUAUGAGUAUCGAUAGCGCUGAAGGGUUGGGUGACUGCCAUGGGGGUCCUCGUGCAUGGGUAAGAGGUGCUGGAUUUGAUCAGGCAUGGGAAGUUUUCGGGCCCAGGGAGCCCCGCUCAAAGCUUAAGGAUUGA